UGCGGCUUUCCCUUCCCUGCCACACUGGACCCUGAGGUCAAUCGGAAGCCACCGACCAAUAAGUGGUGAGCGAGGACCCAGAUGGGUGCAGCGGGGAGCUGAGACGGGGUCUGGCGCUGCGACCCUCACUACCUGCCCCUUGACACCCUGGCCCCACUCACCUGUCUUAAGGUCUGUUUUUGGAGUCGCUCCGAAGUAGGGCUCCAAGGCCCAGAGCAGCAUGGGGACUGAGGAUGAAGAGCCCGACUGCCACAAGCAGUUCCGCGCUGCUGUCAGCGUCAUUCAGAACCUGCCUAAGAAUGGCUCUUACCGCCCCUCCUAUGAAGAGAUGCUGAGAUUCUACAGCUACUACAAGCAAGCGACCACGGGGCCCUGCCUAGUGCCCCGGCCUGGUUUCUGGGACCCCAUUGGACGAUACAAGUGGGAUGCCUGGAACAGCCUGGGCAAGAUGAGCAGGGAGGAGGCCAUGUCUGCCUACAUCACUGAGAUGAAGCUGGUGGCACAGAAGGUGAUUGACACUGUGCCCCUAAGUGAGGUGGGUGAGGAUGCAUUUGCUUACUUUGAGCCCCUGUACCAGGUGAUCCCUGACAUGCCAAAGCCCCCAGAAACCUUCCUGAGAAGAGAAACAGGCUGGAAAGACCAGGUACAGAAUAGAGAAGAUGGGCCUCGAUGCCACUCCAGGGACCCAGCAUUCUCCCAUGGAGAGGCCCAGCCACCCAGAGACCUGGACUUGGAGGUUUUCUGUGAUUCCCUGGAGCAGCUGGAGUCUGAGCUACAGGUUUGGGCUGAGCAUAGGGGAGCAGCUGGAGGAGAGCCUGAAACCAGAACCAGUCCCGAGUCCCCCAGUGAAUCCCCCAGUGAGAAAGAGAUGUUGAGGGGCAGUCUGCUAGGGCCCCAGGAGUUGGACAAAUGGCUGAUGGGGACAGUUCGGGCAUUGCAGGAGAGCAUGCAGGAUGUCCAGGGGAGACUUCAGAGUCUAGAGAGCAAGCCCCGGCCCCCUAAGCAGCAGAUACCCCCAGCCCGGGCUCGGCCUUGGCCCCUCAGGCUCUCAGCUCCCACGUUGUUCUUCUUGCUCCUGUGGCCCUUCGUUGUCCAGUGGCUCUUCCGACAGUUUCGGACCCAGAAGAGGUGACUGUGGAAGACCAGGUCUCCAGCAAUGGAGGAGGCUAGGAGCCCCUGUCCUGCUCUGCCUGAGCCUUACUAGGGUUUAGAACAGCAUUAGAAAUCGCCCCUCCCAUCCACCUUUGCCUUAGCACCCCUUUCCUUACUAGGGACCCCAUAAGACCCCACUCUCCCCUGCAGUUCACAGGGCUGCUCCCCCUGCUCCAGGCCUAGGCUGCCCUGGAAGACUACAAUCAAUCAUGGUGCACAGACUCUCAUUUCUGGGUUGGCAAUAAGCGGGGUGGUGCUGCCCAUCUCACCCUUCUCUGGGUCACUCAACUCUCCUCCCACCCCCGCUGGCUGCUCCCGGAGGAGGCUCGGCUCUAGGGCAAGUUGGGACUUGAGCCUGGCUGCAAGACUGAUUGGCUGGAAGGGUGGAGGGUGGCAGGAAGGUUGAGCAGAGCAGGAAAGGGAGCAAAGACCUGGGGACUGGGAGGAGGGAACACUGGGGUAUCUUGUGUCUGGGAGACACAGAGACACACAGACAGACACACACACACAAACACACAGCAAGCAAGCUCAGGUCAUCCUCACUGAAGAUUCACUUGCAAAUGAAUGUUUCACCAAAUAAAAUAAAAUUUCAAUCUUC